AUGGAUAAUUGCUAAAAUGAAAUUGCAAAACUGAUAGAAAAUUAUUAAUUUUCUAUUCCAUUCAGUAAUAAAACUGAACAUAUGGACUAUCCAACUGUAAGAAAAUCCCUUGAAGAGCAAGGCUGCUUACGUAAUUUGGUAGGAGCAGCAAGUGGCUACUCUGCUGCAUUUUAGAAUGAGCAAAUAAACCCUUACUAAUUUGAAAUUAUCUAAAAUAAAGAUAAUUUUUUCGUUAAAGGAGGAACCCAAAAAUGGCACAAAAACAUAGUAAUUCCCUAAAUGCAAGUUAAACUGCUAGAAAGCAACAAUUCCCCAAAUCCUAAGCAACUAAAUGGCGCCUUUGAAAUUGAAAUGAAAUGUUGGGCAAAGAAGGAAAAUGGCCAGUUUAUAGAAAUACAACUUGAAAAUAAUUCAGGUGCUAAAAAAAUAGGGAAUAAUAAUUUGAACACUAAUAGUGUUAAUAGUAUAACUCACAAUAACAACAUUUCUACAUGUGGUAAAACUAUUAAUACCCUAUAAAACUUGGAUAAAAUUGUUAAAUUUUCAUCACUAAAAUUUUCUUCUACUGGGUAUUUAGAGUCAGAAAUCGCGAAAUCUCCUAGCGGCUAGAACAACCAAAACCCAGAAAAUAUUAUUAAAUUCAGGAUAUACAUAUAUAUCUAUAAGUUAACUGCCUAAAAUACUAGACAAAUUUAUGAUAUUUACUUCUCCCACCCAAUUACAGUCAGUGCUCGUAAGAAAUCUAGACAAUCUCGCGCGUCAUUCUCUGUUUUAAUGGAGCCCUUCUUACCAAAAUAUCUAGACACCGUUGCAAAUGAUGGUCAUUAAGGGAUUGUAGAUCUUAAAGACUUCCUGUCUAAGGCUUCUGAAAGACACAAAAUUUUUCACCCGCUUUAUCUUUUUGGCAGAUUUCCUAGUGCUCUUAAUAUUUAUUACAAAUGCAGUCUCAAGAGAUAGAAAGCAGAAAAACUUGGCAAAGAUCAAAUAAUUAGCUUCCAAGAAACACUUAUUGAAGCAUUUAUGCAAUAAGAGGAACAAGUAGUGAUAUUACAUUUCAACACUGAUGGCUUAGAAAAAGAGCAAAUUAGAAAAGUUGAGUCAUACCUUAAACCUCUUAAAAAUAAGUAAGUCAAGCUUUGCUUCUCCGAACAGGAACUGAAUCGCUUAAAGAAAGACAAUUCAUACGUAUGUCUAUAGAAGGAGGGAUUCAUUGACAACUAUAAGAGAGCUUACUAUGAGUUAACUAAAGUAUUACUAAACAUUAGAAAUAAAUUACAAAAGGUUGAGUCCUUCUUUGUUCUUCGUCAUGAAUCAAACAUCACCAAAUUCGAAGAAAUUCAAAAGAAAAGCAUCAAAUAAGUGUUUGAAUUUAAUAGGUAAUCUUCAAGUAUAUAAGUAACCUCAAUCAAAGCAUUAGUAAAUAAUGUGUACUCUCAUAAUGACUAAGAUCUGAGUGUUAAAAAUGCUAAAUCGAAUGCCGACUACAAUAUUUUAUCUCAAUCAGCUUCUCCUUAAAAGAUAAUGAAAACCAGUACUAAAAAUGACUCUAUAAAUAACAAUAAGUCAUCUAUUUCAUUUGACUCGAAUAUUCUAGCAAACAUAGAAACCGAAUAAAACAUAAAAUUUGAAAAGAAAGCCAGAUCUCCUUUAAAAUAAACCUAACCAUUACCAUGCUUUUCUAUUUCUGAAAAUAGAAGCGAAUUUUAAGAUAGUGUUUCUAACUAAAUAUAGAAUUGUCAAUUCUAAUAACCAGAAAGAAACAUUUUCACUCAAUAACCAGAAAUAAAUUAAAUAAACCAUAAUACAUUUAAUCAAUAUGACUUAAAUAAUUAAUUAUUGUAUAACAUCCAAGGAACCUUAGAUAAUAGUUCUUAUAUGUCUAGAUAUUAAGAACAAUCAUUUUUAAAUUAAGAUGCAAAUCUUAGAUAAACUUAAUCAAUUUUUAAAAAUAUUGAUAUUAUUAAUUAUUUAAAGCUUCUCAUAAUUGACAACCAAUUAAAUUGCAAUAUCAACCAAAACUUUCAACCACUUUAAUAAUAAUUACAACAACCAUAGCAAUAAUUUUAACAAUUUAAUCAAAAUAAUAGCUCUAAUUACUAAAUCAACAGCUAUGAUAACUUUUUAAAUAUACUUUAAUAAUUUUGA